AUGGCGAAACACCAGAUGGACCAACAUCUCGGCGACCAUGAUAUUGGCUAUCCACCUCCCCCAUCGGGUCAAUAUUUCCCAACGACAAGCAAUAACUCACCCAAUCCACCAUCAACCGUGCGCAUACUCCGUAGCAAGAGGUUCUUCGGCAACAUGCCUCGCAAGCGAGCCCCAUUCCUCAUUACGCCUCCUUCAGCCGCACGAUUUGACAGCUCCUCCAAAGCCCAAAGCUCGAUUUACCUGCCCUCCCAAAGCCGUGCGCGAUUCAAGCCAGAACAUGAACGGCUGAAACAGCAUGCCACAAUGGUCAGUGCCAUGCCCGCAACCACUCAAAAAGUCUCCAUCUUGACAUUUCACAAGCUGGUGGCAGGUUUGGCAGGUAUGUUGCCAAGCCGCGCGCUCGUCGAGUCAGUGCCAUACGGGUGGCGGUCCAUCAAAGCACAGCAAAAGCCCUUGAUAAUCAACAAAUGCACGCCAUUAGACAAGUGGACACGGAGAUGA